AUGCUGCGGCUCUGCCUACGUCAACUUUGCCGCGCCCCCGCCCCCCGGGCGGGCGAGUCCGUCGGUGCCUGCCUGACGAGCUCUUCGCACUGCGAUGGGGAACCGGCGUUGUUGGCGCGGCUGCUUGCGCCGUUUGUCCCUUUCACGUUCACUGCCCUCACGCAAAUCAGUCGUGGCGUCGAUGGAGAGCUGAUGGAGAGAGUGGCUGAGGCGGGGGGCCUGCGAAGCCUCCUCGCCAGUCACCCGGAGUUGUUUUCCGUCUCCACGGUGGGCAGCGUCUACGUGGCACGACGCCUUCGCCGCUGCCGCGCGGCGCCCACGUCUUCCGUCGACGGCGCCGCUCCCCGCUGUUGCCAGGAGGAAGCCGACACCCAACCAGCGGAGCAACAGUUGCAGAGAAGGGGGGCCGUUGAUUCAUUCCCAAAAAUAGAGCGUGUCCCGUUGGAGGUUUUUCGCCUGUUUCCUACCUUCUUUGUGCCCACCGAGGCGUUACUGACGCAACUCCGUGGGGCACCUCCAUUGACGCCGUCAAACUCCGCAAGCAACGGGACGUUGGCUUCCGACGUAGACCCCAAUACGGUUCCCGAGGCCUUUGAACACUCGCUUAUCGAGAAAUACAAGGAGUUUCUCGACGUUGUCGUAGUGAAGGACACAAAUGUGGAGGGUGGAGGGGCGCAAAGUAAAGGCUUUCUGCGCCUUCGGCGGGUGUUUGCCGCACGUGCCGCGUCGUAUGAAGCGGAGCAACUGGAACGUGCAGGAAGCCAUGAGGAAUGCAUCAGUCACAUUAUGGAGCCAUACAGAGUGGAGGAAUAUGAACAAUACCGUGUGGCUCGCCUGAUUCCUGUGGCGGAAAAGCUUGUCCCCAUCUCUGUCACGAUGCAACACGAGGCCGCGGCGUUACUUCCGGAGGGACGGUGUUUAAUUCACGUACUUGUGUCAGCGCCGGAGCUCUUCCAAGUGCAGAAUACGCCAGAGCUGUCCGUUCGCUUUAUCCUUGACUCCCGCUUCCGGCCGAAAAUGAAGUACACGAAAGCCGAAGUUGAAAGACAGUUGGCCGAGAUUAAGGAAUCUCGUGUGAAGAAUGGUCUAAAAAUGCCAAUAGACCGAAAAAAAAGGCGGGCUUUAACACGACAACUGCAGUUUUGCGUCAACCCCACACCGUACCUUGACGAACGUGUUUGGGCCUACGCACUGCUUGAUGUGCUGCCGACGGACGGCCCGCUCUUGUUGAGUCAUGCCCUAUCCGGUCUUCCACGCGAAAUGGUGGCUUGCGCCCCACCAAACAUGCAUCGUCUCUAUUCCGAGUAUAAGCAUCUGUUUCUUCUUGUUCAGGGGGACCGCGAGAGAAUGCUGCAGCGUGCGGAUGUUCCCGAACCUGAGCAGCGUCCCGUGUCAAGUGUUGACACGGAAGAAAUACUGUUGGAGAUAUACAAUCAGUACCCUCGCCGUAGGCAUCCUAACUCUGGUACUUGUCUUGGACGUUGUAUGUAUUCUAUGCCAGCGCUGCUCCGCGCGCGGUUGCGCCAGUUGGACUUUGUAGAGGAUGUACUGCGUAAGCAUCCUGACAAGGUAGAGGUGCUCGGCGUGCUUGACGAGGAACUCGCGAGGGGUGAACAUUUUCUAGUUAAUCGACCACAGAUGCUGCAGCUAUUUCGUUUCGUUGGGGAGUAUCAGACGGAGUUGGUCCGGCGAUAUGAGGCAUUGUGUGCCAAAUUGGGCCAAAGCCCCGACAAGGAGAAACUGGUAUAG